GGAUGACAGUCAAUAAAUGAUGAUUCAGCGUGCAGCAUUUUUAGUCGUUGCUUCACGGAACGAGGACUGCUGCCAUAUUUAUUAAUAUUUUUCGAGGAACAUGAGCUUAAUGGGUAACACGCGUAAGGGAAAACCAUACAUUUGGUCAAUUUCCUGUGUUUUAUGCUCCAGGGAUUUUGGCGUUUGGCUCCAGCUUAACUCCGAGAACCGAGCAGUCACGUUGCCAAAAUGUUAAGCAGGUGUGUGUUUUACCCACAUAUAAACUGUGGUUUCAGUACGCUAGCUUCAGAUGUAAUGACAGUGGCUCAACUUGUCACUCUGGGAACUAAGGUUUUCACAAGGCACCUUAAUGUCACAGUUGCAUCUCAUGUGAGAAGACACACAGAUGUGAUAUGCUUCUUUGAACCCCUGCGUCGCCACAGGAAAUGACUCUUAGACAAAGUGCGCCGACAGGGACGCUGUGAGUCGCUGGCCCAGAUGCUCUCUGCCUUUAGCUGAACGAACACGCAGUUUAAUAUCGAGAAGAGCUGAAAAUUCUUGGCUUUGGAGAAUGGCUCGCUUUGGCCUUAUUUUCAUCAUGUGUGCACUCACUUGCUUCGUUCCUUGCAAGCCUGGAGUUGUUUUAAGGAAAGAGUAUGAGAUCAGCCAGGGUAAGGGCGAUGGUGGUAAAUCAAGUAUUCAGGACAUCCGUACAGGCGGCCAUUUUUUGAGCAUGAUUUCCGAGCAGGCGCUUAAACUCGACCCGCCAAAAAUUCAAACAAAUUUCGGAGCAUGGCUAAACACGGACAAUGAGGGCCCACACAACCUUGAAGACUCAGGAUACAGACUCGCCGAGCAGUACCGCGAUAAACGAGCAUCUUGGCCUUGGUGGAAAAACAGUAAAAAAAAGAAGGGCGCCAGCGGAGUCCGUAAUAAAUGGAGAAGUCAAAAGAGGGGGCGUCCUACGUCUCAAGUUGCAGAAGAAGAUGAUAAUGACGACAGUGGGUGCUCAGAUAGCAGUUCAUCCGAAGAAGACGAAUCAGAAAUCAGAACACUGAAAAGAAAUCCUAGACCCUGGACAAACAAGAGGCGUGGUUCUUGGGGACGGGGGCGGGGAGGAGGAAACUCAUUCAACCGUGACGAUGACGAUGAAGAGAGACGAAGAAAACGAAGACCGUCAAAGCGUUGUAAGACCAGAAAUGGAGGCAAGGGGCUGUCUACUGCAUCGACAGAGACACAAACAACGGCAACUGUGACAGAGAGUACGACAACGAUGACAGCCACGACGACUCAACCGUCAACAACGACUGCGGUCCUGGAAACCACGCAAGCUGUUGAAACAACGCAGAUUCUCACGAGAAGUGCGUCUCAGUCACCAGCCCCAGAUCCACUGACUGAGAAGCAGGAAUCAACACUGGAGCCAACAACAGAGCAAGUGACGUCAACUACGGAAACACCGUCAACUACAAUCGAAAGGACAACGACUUCUGUAGUGAAAACACUUGGGAUUGAUCCUGAGCCGAAAUGAUGAUAUUGAAAGGAUAAAAGUCAUUACUGAAACUGCAAGAGGGCGUCCUCCUGCGGCAGCCAGUGAACAAAUAUUUUCACUGCCGAUCGCUAAUAAAUCCCAGGAAACCAAUGGAGCAGGACGUUGAAGAAAGCAUCGGAAAGCGUGGGAGACUUUUAACUUGUUUCUCAAAU